UAAAAAGAGUUACAAAUUAAUGAAACGCAAAAGAAAAACAAAAGCUUUUGACGGGUCUAUCGACUUGGAUAGUAUAAUUUACUACCAUGAAAAGGUAGGCAUUCCUAAGGCUAGACAAAUUAAGCAAGAGGAAACCAGACGAAUAUCUUAUUCAAGAACCGUUAGAGAAAGACAGAUUACUAUCGAAGACUUUCCUUAUGCCGCAGGACUGAUAAUAAAGCUGAAAAACGGUCACACAUCGAUCGGGGGUGCGACACUUAUAUCCAGAGAUCGACUUGUCACAGCUGGACAUUGUUGGAAGGACGAUAAAGACGAAGCCAAGGAGCUGACCGUUGUACUUGGAUCCCUAACUUUAUUCAAGGGAGGAACGAGAAUUAAGACUAACAAAGUUGUUCUUCAUCCCUAUUUCCAAAACAAUUACAAUAAACUAAGGAACGACAUAGCCGUCAUUAAGCUCGACACAAAGCUGGAAUUUACCAAGAACAUACAGAAAGUGGACUUGCCGUACGGUUCAAUGCUGAAGGAGAGCUUUGUGGAUGCUAAAGCUGUGAUCGUUGGAUAUGGAAGACAAACAGAAGAUCAAACUAUCGGUAAAGGACAAACGCUUCAUCACAAAACGGUGCAAGUAAUCGACAACCACCGAUGUCAAGCAGCGUACCUUGGGAAGUCUGUGAACGAACGUGUCGUCUGUGCGCAAUCUUCCACCGGGACCACGUGUCCUGGAGAUUCCGGAUCUGCGAUGACUGUUAUCAGGAAAAACAAAUCGAUUUUGGCAAGUACAUUGGUGAUAAAUUAA